AUGCCUUACAACAUCGCCAUGGUCAGCGACUUCUUCUUCCCGCAACCCGGAGGAGUCGAAAGUCACAUCUACCAGCUGUCGCAAAAGCUCAUUGACCGAGGCCACAAGGUCAUCAUCAUCACCCAUCAGUACGAGGGUCGCACUGGAGUCCGCUAUCUGACCAAUGGUCUCAAGGUCUACCAUGUGCCCUUCUUUGUCGUUUAUCGCGAGACGACCUUCCCUACCGUCUUCUCCUUCUUCCCCAUCUUCCGCAACAUUGUCAUUCGUGAGAAGAUUCACAUCGUCCAUGGCCACGCCAGUCUCAGCAGCUUGUGCCAUGAGGCCAUCUUGCAUGCCCGCACCAUGGGUCUACGCACCGUUUUCACUGAUCACAGCUUGUUUGGCUUCGCCGACGCUGCCAGUAUCCUGACCAACAAAUUGCUCAAGUUCACCCUCAGCGAUGUUGAUCAUGUCAUUUGUGUGAGCCAUACCUGUAAGGAGAACACCGUCCUCAGAGCCUCCCUCGACCCUCUCAUGGUUUCCGUCAUCCCUAAUGCUGUCGUCGCCUCAAACUUCCGGCCUUUACAUCCUGAAGAUGCCACCCAACCUUCUAUGCGCUCUGCUUUACCACCACCGCCACCACACUCUUCUCAGCCGCUUGGCCCCAACGACACCAUUACCAUCGUUGUCAUCUCCCGUCUUUUCUAUAACAAAGGAACCGAUCUUCUGAUAGCCUCCAUCCCGCGCAUUCUUGCAUCGCAUCCCAACGUGCGCUUCAUCAUUGCUGGUUCAGGCCCCAAGGCGAUAGAUCUCGAACAGAUGCUCGACCGCCAUAUUCUCCACGACAGAGUAACACUUCUCGGCCCAGUACGUCACGAAGAGGUCCGCGAUGUCAUGGUUCGGGGCCACAUAUACUUGCAUCCCAGUCUGACCGAGGCUUUCGGAACCGUCUUGGUAGAGGCCGCAAGUUGUAAUUUGCUCAUCGUGUGUACCAGGGUCGGAGGUAUUCCUGAGGUCCUUCCAGGUCAUAUGACCGUCUUCGCAAAACCUGAAGAAGACGACCUUGUUCGUGCUACUAGUGAAGCUGUGGGUCUUCUGAUGGGCCAAGAUCAGAAGCGAACUGUCGUUCGCAGAGACCGCUUUCAUGAACAGGUACGGAUGAUGUACAGUUGGUCUGACAUUGCCCGCCGUACUGAGCGCGUCUAUGAUCUGAUCACUGGAAAUGAAGACCAUUCCUACAACGACUUUUACACCGACCAUCAAGACGCUAAAUGGCGUCAUUAUGGAAAGCACGUGUCUCCUGCUUCGCAAUCCUUUGCUUUGAUUGAUCGUCUGAAGAGAUACUAUGGUUGUGGCAUCUGGGCCGGCAAGUUGUUCGUGCUUUGCGUUGUCGUCGAUUAUCUGCUCUUUGUGCUCCUCGAAUUGUGCUUUCCUCGGAGCAACAUUGACGUUUGCAGAGACUGGCCCAAGAAGAAAACUGUUGGAAAUGUCACCGACGAACCAGAUGGCAACAAGAAUUUGAGCAAGCGGGUUCGAACUUCACGCGUUACCAGUCUGGAGACGACAAAGCAAACCGCGAUAUAA